CCCGGAUUAUUGCCUGUGUCAAAGCUUUUAUUUUGGUAACAGCACAUGGCACCGCGAGCUCAUCCCAGUGAUACCAGUGCGCGCGCAGCCACAGGUGGUGUUCAUGCGUGCCACCUUGACAUCUGAAACAGCGGAAGACAAACAGAGACAAGGGACUACCGGCUCUUCAUCACCGCCUCAGUGCUCCUGCGUUGACGGAGUGAAGCUGCUCUCUGCUUUAUUUUGUUCGCGUUUUGGGGGCCAGUUGUUUCAGGCUGAGGGGACCUGCUGUCUGCUGGGUGUGUGUUCAGAGUUCAGUCGAGGAGCGCACGGAGAUUUAGCAGGUGGAGAAGGCACCUUAAAUCACGUUGCACUCACCUUGGGUUUUGACAAGAGUGUGUGCUGACCUGAUCACUCAAUGGCGCUGACUGUCAACCUUAUCGGCCCUUCACCAUGGGGCUUCAGAAUAUUUGGAGGAAGGGACUUCAAGAAGGCCAUCACUGUAUCAAAGGUCAACGGGGGCAGCAAGGCAGAGCAAGCAGCACUGCAACCGGGUGACAUAAUUUUGGAGAUCAACGGUGAAAACACGGGCGACAUGCUGAAUGUGGAGGCCCAAAACAAGAUCAAGAACUCCAAGACCCAGCUGCAGCUAGUGGUGGAGAGACCUGAACCUCCCAGCCCUGGACAGACCAACGGCAUCAGCACCCCUGAGCAGCUCACCGGACGCUUCCAGGAGGCAGUAAUAGUGAGUCGAGAUGAGAAUCAGAACUACAGAGAGUACACCAUCUCCAGCCCUGCGUCGCUGUCCCCUGGACCUUAUUCACCAGAUCUUCCUGCCAGCCCUGAUGGGAAGAGAGAGAUGCUGACACCGACCACCAACAAGGGUAUCCAGCUGCGCUCAUGGUCCCCAGAGGAGAAGAGUCACAGGCUGUCCAGACCACUGUCACAGGAGUUCUCCCCUUCAGACUACAGAAGUAACUCUGUAUCCAGCAGAACCCCAACACCACCAGGACGCUACUCACCUCAUAGCCCAAUUGAUCGGGACGUACCCAUGUCCCCUCGUCGCAGCAGUUCAAGCUCUGACUUCGCCAUGCAGAAGUUCGACAGGGACUCAGAGGUGUACAAGAUGAUCCAGGAGAAUAAGGAGUCACGCACUGCACCUCGUCAGUCCAACACCUUUAAAAUGCUGCAAGAGGUCCUGGAGGCUGAUGAGAAAGAGGCUGCCCUGCGGUUCCCAGGGAAUCUUUCAUCCAACGUCCCCAAACCAACAACAUCAGUAGGAGGAGUCAAAAAAACCCACACCUGUGAGAAGUGUGGAACUAGCAUUCUCACGCUGGCUGUGCGCAUCACAGACGACCACUUCCGCCACGCAGAGUGCUACACUUGCACAGAUUGCGGCCUUAACCUCAGAAUGAGAGGUCACUUUUGGGCUGGAGAUAUGAUGUACUGUGAGAAGCACGCCAAAGAGAGGCACCAAGGCCUAGGUAGUUCCCCUCGAGCCACCGUGUCCCCUCGCCAAUGAGUCUGCCGCCUCACACCUGCCCCGCUCUGGACGUAGAGUGCUGCUUGUCUGCCUGAAGCGCCACCUCAUCUGACUCAGUUAUAGACCUUGGGAUGGGGCGUGGAGGUGGACACUAGUCAGCUAUAUGGCACAGGAUGUUCUUUUCUGAUCAAAUUUAACCAUACUUUGCAAUAUUAUGAUUCACUUUCUUGCCUUUUCUUAUAAUGUAAGAGAAUUGGGGCUUUGUUUUCCAUAUGGCCCAGCCUCCACAGUCUCUUUAGAUUAUUCUUGGCUCUAAUUAUGCACAGCUGCCGUGGACUCAAGCCCACAUCACAUUGUACUAAGGCCAGAUUUACAUAACACCAACGCUUUAGACAAACUCAACAGGACUGGCUCUCUGACUCUCUGAGGAUCUGGAUAAUCAUUUGAAUCUCCUGCUGACACAAAGGGACCAAAAUAUCACCUACACUGCAUGCCAUUGCCAUUUUAAAGAUGUACUGUACACAGACAGUGCUGUGGGUGUGGGUGUGUAUGAGUGCAUGCUUUCACAUGCAGAAGUGUGGUGGCUUCUGCGUGCCUUCCCCUACAUCUGUGUGCGUGACUAUGUGUGUGUGUGCAUGAGAGAGAGAGAGAGAGAGAAGGGAAGGGGGGUAAAGUUGUUGCAGACGCGAUGGAGUGUGUGUGAAUUUUGCGCUAGAGUCGGGCCUAAAGCCUUUGAGUUUUUCUAUAUUUCUUUUGUAAGCAGAAUCUAUGAGUAGAAAUAAUGAAAAAAAUACAUAUAUGCUGAAUUGUUUUGCUGUUUUGUUGCUUAUGAGGGACUAUAAAUUCAUUCAAUAUACAAAUAUUUUUGAUGUUAUUGUGAUUGAACUGUAUUCUAUAAUAUAGACCAUUUAAAAUGCAUAAUGUGUGCACAGGACAUUUAGUGUGAAAAGAAUUGAUGACGAUACUACACUUCCAGUUACAGCAAUACUCAGAGACACACUAUAAUGUUUGCAUUUCAUGUGGCACUAAAUAAAAUCGCACAACCC